AGCGAGUGGGCAAGAGGAAGGGGAAAAAAACUGCAGUGUGUGUGAGUGUGUGUAGUUUUUUUAUCCCUCCCCUGAGCAGAUCUUUAUCAGUUUGUGUACUCCAGUCUUGGGCUGCAUUUGAAUGGGUGUCUGUGUGUGUAUAUGUGGCAGAGUUUACAGGAGGACAGUGUAAAGUGUCUCGGAGCCUGUGGAGAAGGGGGAAGAGCUCGGUGUCCAGAGGAGAGCAUCCUGCACAAAAGGAUUUCUGACUGACAGCACUCUCACUGUGAUUUCCUCCGGUCGCUUUUCACGAAAUCAGGAUUUGGCUGGACUGUGUGUGCAGCUUAAAUGACGAAGUGGAACUUGUUCCGGCAUCAGACAACGCCCAUGGUCGCUGCUAAGCCAACGGGGGCCAGUGCCUUGACUGUGACUCCAGCCCCCGUCGCAUCAGUCUCUGCCGACAACGCCACAGAGCCGGUCAACAAGAACGAUGCCUUCGACGAGAUCAAAAACAAGUUCCUAAAUGAAAUCGACAAGAUUCCACUGCCGUCCUGGGCCAUCAUUGCCAUUGCCGUGGUCGCUGCUUUACUCAUUCUAACAUGCUGCUUCUGCAUCAUCAAGAAAUGCUGUUGCAAGAAGAAGAAGAACAAGAAGGGCAAGAAGGGGAAGGGGGACAUGGGAAUGAAGAACCUGAAAGGGGGAGAGAAACAACAGGAUGAUGAUGAUGAAGAAGAUGAUGUCGAACCCGGACUGACUGGAGACGAGAAAGAGGAGGAAGUAAAGGAGAAAGAAAAGCUCGGGAAGCUGCAGUACUCCAUUGAUUAUGACUUCCAGGAGAACAAGCUGACUGUGGGAAUCCUGCAAGCGGCUGAUCUCCUCUCCAUGGACAGCGGUGGCACCUCCGACCCCUACGUCAAGGUCUUCGUCCUCCCUGAUAAGAAGAAGAAGUUUGACACAAAGGUUCACAAGAAAACACUCAAUCCUGUCUUCAAUGAGACCUUUACCUUCAAGAUUCCAUUCCAAGAGAUGGGAGGAAAGACUCUGGUAAUGUCAGUGUAUGACUUUGAUCGCUUCUCUAAGCAUGAUGUCAUCGGAGAGAUUAAAAUACCCAUGAACACCCUUGACCUGGCGAAGCCAAUUGAGGAGUGGAGAGACCUGGACAGCGCAGAUCAAGAAGAGCCAGAGAAGCUGGGUGACAUUUGCAUCUCUCUGCGUUACGUCCCCACUGCUGGCAAACUUACCAUCUGUAUCCUGGAGGCCAAGAACCUGAAGAAAAUGGACGUGGGUGGACUGUCAGAUCCCUACGUGAAAAUUAACCUGCUGCAGAACGGAAAGAGGCUGAAGAAGAAGAAGACGACGGUGAAGAAGAACACUUUGAAUCCGUACUACAAUGAGUCCUUCAGCUUUGAGAUUCCUCUUGAGCAAAUGCAGAAAAUCAUAGCUGUGAUCACAGUGCUGGAUUAUGACAAGAUUGGCAAGAACGAUGCCAUUGGGAAGAUCUUGGUGGGAAGCAAGUGCACGGGGGCCGGGCUGAAACACUGGUCCGACAUGCUGGCCAACCCCCGCCGCCCCAUCGCCCAGUGGCAUCCACUGCAGCCAGAGGAGGAGGUGGAUGCUGCCAUCGCAGCCCUGAAUGCCAAGAAGUAAACUCCCCCCUGAACACAUCGUCCCCACCUCCACCUUACCUUACCCGUGCAUUUCCCCCAACCAUUUCCCCCCAGGCCCCACAUAUCUGUGUAUAUUCCAGAAGAACACCCCAACUGUACAUCUGCUCCCUCCAAACCCCACGUCCUCCCCUUCCUCCUCCUCCUCUUCCUCUGCCGCCACCUGUCAAAAGAUCCAUAGAUACCAUUCAACAUGAUGGGAAAUAUAGUUUAAAAAAAAGCAUCAUGUUAUAUGAAAUCAUGUCAUUGAAAAAAGAAGACAAGUUACAGGAUGGACAGAUACUCCGUUGAUUUCCUUUAGAUCUAUUUUUGUAUUGGGGUUGUGGUUCCAUUAAUAAGAAUACAGAGUAGACUACGAAGAACAGUACGAGUGCUAUAUGGGAAUCUGGUGAUAGAGGGGAUAAAACAUACAUUCACUCAUAUUGUACUUCUCACCCCUUCCCUUUAGUGACACAGUUUGCUUAGAAUAGUGCUUAAUAAUAAAAUGCUUUAUACUGCCAUAUGAUAGAGAAAUAACACAAGCAGGUCCAUUCCUUAGGUGUAUUGUGCACCAUGUUCCACACCUGCCAGUUAUCAUACUAGAUGAUUCUGUUCGUUUGAAGUACAUUCCUAGAGUUGGGUAGCGCGUAGGGAUAGGCAUAUAUCCGGUUACCCACAAACACACUGCCUUUUUUGAUUAGUUAACCUUCCACCCAUCGUCUCAGGAAAACUGAGAGGAAACUGAAUCUCCAUGCCUUUUUUUCUAAACGGGUUGUUAUUAUUCCUCCACUUGAUGAGAAUAAAACGUCGGAUUCAAGCGCUUGUUCAUUUUCCCGGCGACGUAAGGCUCACGACUAGUGUUAGCUUGUCCGUGAAAUGGUACGUUAGGGAAGAGGGAGUGGUGGAUUUUUCAGUUAAUAGGGGUAUUUGUGUAUUUUUUUGUUUUUAACUGUGCAAAAAGGCUGCGUUUGUCAUUUAAAUAAGAAAAAAAGCAAGGAAAAAUCAGAGUGGGUACAACAGAGACUGAUUCCAACCACCAAUGACAUGAUAUUUACAAGGUGUCGAUUACUGCCUGCAGUCUACCACCUCCCCUCCCAACGCCUCUGAUUCUGUAUCUCACUUGUUCAGUGCUACUGCCAUUAGUCAUGGACUUGACACAAGGGUUUUACUUCAAAGGAAUCCCUAUAACCGUCUUACAGUCAUAAAGGAGACAAGCCUUCAAAGUAACAAAAUAAGCAAUUUUCAACUACCAGGGACGCCUUCCAGUUAGCGGUGUUGUUCUCUUCAUUUCCUUAUUUUUUCUAUCUCUUGUUUCCUUUGUUUUAUUUUAUUUAACUUCACUUUUAUUCCUCAAGCACCUUAAAUCCAAAUGUUGCGUUCAAGUACCCUCAGAAACCAGAGCUUUAAUUUUUUAUGUUCAUGAUAACUGCUGGUUUUAAGAAGAAAAAAAAGAGCAAGGGACUUUUUUUAAGUUGUUAUUGUUGCUUUGUUUCGGCUCAGCUUUUUUCUGUAUGUGUUUCUUUGAUUGUUUGAAUAUUACAUUUCUCACUUGAUCGCAAGGAUAUGGUCUGGAAGAAGGCACUGAUCCAUGUGUAUUUUAUACACAGCUUACCAAACUGUUGAAUUUAAUUGCACUACUGGGUAUUAUUCUGUUCUGUGGUAAUUUGACACUGUUCUUUGAUCUGUGUAGUUUUUUUUUUAAUGAUAAAAUGUUGUGAGAUUGAAUUUUUCUGUGGCACGCCAGACAGGUCUCCUCAUAUUUAAAGAAAAAACUGAAAAAGAAAAAAAAAGAAACGGACUCCUCUGAUAAAGCAAAGAGACACAUUACAAUCUAAUGCUGCUCCCUGGCUCCUUCACGGAAACUAAUUGGUUCAGCACAUUUUUCCAAAUUAACAUUCUGUUGAAGAGAAAUUGUGACAAAAUCCAAAUUGACCAAAACUCAUUAGCCCUGAUUAAAUUGGAGAAUGCCAGAUUAUUAAUUAAAUUCCUGAGAUGCGUCGGGGUGCUUGGGUCCAGGUACGCCUGUGUUUGGGUCUAGUUAUGAAUUAAAAAAGCAAAAACUACCCGUUGACCGUGUGCAAGAACAUGCAAAGUCAAUGUAAAUCAAAUGUAGACCACCUUUUUUGGAAUUUAAUGAAUGUUGGCUCUUGUAUCUUUCUCUGUUGGAAACUUUUAAGUCUUUAUUUUUUUAUAACCGACAUACCAUGUUCAGAUUUCCGUUUAUCAUCCCACAUUAUCUUUUUUCCUCCGUUGACGAAGCAGCACUAAAGAAAAGGCAACAUGGAAGCAAUCAAGCAACCCAUCGGUGUGUAGUUUUGCCUAUAUACAUAGUUCAUACACGUUGAUACUGCAUGUUUAUACAAAAUACUGUACAUAGGAGCAUGUUUUAGAGACGAAGCAAAAAUAUCUCGUGUACGUAAAUGGGUGUCAUUUGUCAUUUUAAUAACACAAACGAAAGGGGAAAAAAAGAUGCACUGUAUAUUUUCUAAAUGAAACAAAUGUGUAUUUAUUUUCCAUGAGGGUCAUUGGAGAGAAUGUCAUACAAAUAUUAGAGUACUAUUACUAAUAAGAACCUUUCCACGCCUGAAAUUCUUAAGCAAGUGUGUCGUCCAGUACUGUGUGUGAGUUCAUGUAGGAUGAAAAUGUAGCCGCAUGCUUGCUAUAUAAUUCCUUGUGAUCAGAGUUUUUUUAUUUGACACCAUUUAUCUUCCAUGUGUUUUGUUUUUUAAGCACUUAUCUGAAGGCCAAUGUGUGACUUUCUUUAUUUUGUUGCUAUUGCUUUUUUUUUUUUUUUUUUUUUUAAACAAAAGAAAAACAUGUUUUAAAUUUUUAAUGUUUGGGAUGUCGGGGUCUCCAAGUCUGUAAGAUGACUAUUUUCUAAUAACAGAUUUGGCACAGUUUUAUUCUGAAAUAACUCGAAAAAGACUGAAUAAUUCUGCAAUCUGUAGGUGGAUUGUAGGAGUUGUUAUUUGUGCCAGUAGUGAAGUCUGUUGGAUCAUAUCUUUGUAUGAAACGCAUUUCCAAGGGCCAAAAGAUGAAUAAUUCCCAUUCCAGUGAACACAAAACGACUUGGAAUCCCUUCUUCUCCUUUCUUUCUUUACUUGGAAGUUUUUAUUUUUCACUUCUACAGUAUUUAAAUGACCUGAAACCCUUCACGGCUGUGUCUCUUUUACUGUGUUUAUUAUACAAUACGUGUACGUGUAUACAAGAUAAAUGAAUAAGAUAAAACUAAAGCCAUAAAACUCAAGCACUAACUCUUUUAGAGCUCAGCUGAGUAGCUAGAGUUUAUUUAUGAUGAAGAAAAAAAAAUAUCUGACAUGUCUUCAUUUUCCUUGGCCAGUGUUUCUCUCUUUUACAUUCCGUUCAGAGGUCUUUGUUCAUCAAGAGGGCAAAAUCCACUUUUCUGUAUAUGUGAGCUUUGAGAACAGUUGUGAGUUUAGUAGAGUGAGUGUGUCUUUUUCUACUUUCAGAGCUGUCGAUGUCCUUGUUUCAUAGAGGUAGCUGAUUUUACAGUAUUGUGAUUAGUAACGUAUAUGCCUUGUUUUGAUAGUAUAAAUAAUAGGAACAAUAUCACAAUAGGUUCUCAAUAAUACUGCUAAAAUUAUAUAUAUACUAUAUAUAUAUAGAUAUAUAUGAGAGUGUGUUCUCUUCUUGGGCUGAGUGCAAUUUAUGAACCAAACUGGGUCACUCUUCAAGUUUCUCUUCCUCCGGUUUUGCAGCAGAAUGUACUCGUACAAUCAAUAACACACUGCUAAUACUGGUUUGUGUUGGCUCGUUUAGUGUAUCGCUCAGCGACAAAACAACAACAACAACAGAUGAUCCAAAAAUAUCAAAGCAAAAAGAGAAACUUAAAAACAGUGGAACCCAAGUUUUAGGCCUGAAUCCCUCCCAUAGAACUAUGCAUAAAGUUAUGAUUUCCACAAACACAUGGAGAAAAAAGUGUAUGAAAAUAUAGAAAUAUAUAUAAUGUCAUUAUAGGAGUAGUUCUAACUUUUUGGGGAGUCGUUUAUUUGGUUCCUUGCAGAGAGAUGAGAGGAUGGAUACCACUCUAUGUGUGUGCUAAAUAUGAAGCUGGAGCCUGAAGACAGUUAGCUUAGCUUAGCAUAAAGACUUACUAAUAACACCCGCUCAGAUGGGCGUGGUUUUGCAGGAUGUAGCCGUGCAUACCUCGGAAAGCUCCGUGACUUGCUCAGCACUGGCUCUGAGUACAUGUUCAUACUUUAUAUGACAGCCUGUGUGCACCUAUAAUUUGAUGUACAUCAGGUAGGAAGGCAUACAGAUGCAUAUAUUUGGUAUAUUUGGUCUCAUUGUGACCAGAUACUACAUUGAUAAAGAAAUAAAGACCCCCAUCUGAGUACAUUUUUGUUGUUGGACAUAAUUUAGUCCAUCUAUGCGGAAAUAUAUUUCAUCAUUAUUUAGUUGUACAUAUUUCCCAGUAUAACCUCACGAUGGUCAACUUGAGAAAUUAUCAGUGGUUAGCUAAAAGUCAUUUGAAAAUCUGUGGGGAUGUCAUCUAGUUGCAGUUGUAGCCAUGCUUAAGUUUCAAAUUACAGCUGUACAAGUGCGAGGUCUCCUGUAGGUUUAAUCUUGGGAAAAAGAUUAGGUUACAAACAUCUUUUUGGUUAUGGUUUUGCUAGUUUAUCCAACAAGUGACGAGACAACCCAAUGCGAGCCGAUGAGAGUACGCAUCAGGCAUACAAAUGUCUGUCUAAUGCAGGACAUAAGACACCGCCCCCAGGUGAAACCCUAGGUGCGUUCUGAGUCACUGCCCUUAAAAACUCGGAACUGUUGCAUGCAGUAUGCACACAAUUGGGACAUACUACUUUCUCAUAGGUUUACAUUACGCCCUGAACUUUGACCCUCUUUCUCGUUUAUCCGUUACCAUGGUGAUAAAAAAAACCAUCCCAUUCAUCAAGCUCGUCAGGGACAGAGGUAACCCCAAGAGCUCUGCUGUUGUGACCUUGCAAUGUAUGUAGUUUUAAUCUCUAAAUUAGAGCUGCAUACAUUGUAGAUUCUCACAUAUAGUCAGAUUAUGCAUUUCUUAUUCUUUAUCUUAAUAGUUAUGUCCUUUUGUUGUUGGUAAGUUAAGAAUUAAUAUUCCUAGUAUUACCCUUUGACUGGUCAUCAGUCACUUGAAUGCGCGGUCACCCGUCGUUGCAGCUUCUUACAGCUGUCAGUCAGCUGUCAGCGAGCUGUCACACACUCAUCUAUGAUGCAUCUUUUGCUGUGCAGAGGACUGUGCUUCAGAACAGCCAGAAAAGCAUGCUGGCUUGCAUACUGCAAAAUGCGACCAGAUUUAGCAGAACAUCCUGGUAUUUUUGGCACACUGCAUUUGACAGACUAUGUAUUGGGACAUUCUAAAUCUUUCUCUGGCAUCCUAUAUAAUAUGGUCGAAUGGGUAUUGGAAUGCACAGUCUGUAUUUUUAGGGAGUCCUGUGGGGAAAUAGCAAGCCUGGCUCUGUCUGUAUUUGUGUUAAGCUAAGCUAACCGUCUCCUGGCUCCAGCUCCAUGCUUAAAGGACACAUAAGGCUGGUAUCUCAGCUAACUCUUGCCAAGAAAGUGAAUUUGCUUAUUUCACAAAAAUGUUGAACUAUUCCCUUAAGUUGACCUCAGUUGCUGAGUUUUCUCUGAGGUAAACGCUAAACUGCCAUCUAUUUAUCUAUCUAUCUAUCUAUCUAUCUAUCCUGACAACAAUCGUCAACGUGUUGUGCGACGCCGCACAUCGUCUAAUGCAAUAUUAUAUUUAUCCGCUGUCCCAUUAAUGCUACUGACUGUGACCAAAUGAUGCACUGAGCACAAUUCAAACACACAAAAAUCACAGAAUACUGCCAGGACCUGAUCACAGUUGCCUGCAUUUGUCAACACUGUUUGAAUCUACAAAGCCAAAACUAUUCACGCAGAGGCCAACAGAACACAUCAGACGAUGAGGCAAAUGUGAUUACGGGUCAAUUUAUAGCACAUUUAGGAGAUUUAUUUCCUUUUUACUGCCGCACUACGGUCACACGACAUCUAAGUUCUAUGGGGGACAGAGACUGGGAGCUGUGUGUGUGCUUGUGUAUGUGGGAUAAACAGGUGGAGUGUAGGCCCUUUAGCAGACAUGGUGCAAAACCACAGCACUAGAAUAUAUAAAUACAAUAUACAGUACAGGUCUGCAUGCAUGGGACACAUUACUCAUUCCUAAAUGUACAUUUCUGUGUAUAUGACCGUAAUACUCAAACAAUCCUAGUUUUAAGUAUUCCGUUCUGUUGAUAGCUGUGUAGAUGUACCUUAUGCACAACUGCGUCUGAAACUGUGAGCGCUUUCAGCUCUGCAGAGACAGUUUUAGAGCACCGUUUGUUCACACAACCAGUUGGGUUUUUAUUUUUGUUUGUUUCUGUGAACAAACGCCGGGAUUUAAAAAGGGAAACCAUCCAAAGUUCAGUAGAUCAUUUACCACCCUGUCAAAAAUGUGUUGAGAAGCCUCUCAGCGGGUAAAGACACCACUUUGAAACAUGCUGUCUUGUCUCCUCUAUUACUCGCUGUAUUUCUUCUUUGUAUUCUUGUGCACAUGUGUAAUCACUCCUUCUGUCUUUAUUUGUUUUUCGUGAUGUGUACUUCUAAUGUAGAAUGUAGGACUGUGUUUGAAUCAAUGCCAGAGUCACGUUUGCUUUCUGUUUGUGUCUUUGUCCUGUUUACGUGUAACCAGCUAUGUACCAUCAGUGUCAUUAUGCUGAAUAGGAAGCAGGCUCGUUGAUUUCCUCCACUGAAUCUGCUUUUGCUGAGCGUAAAGAAUGCCGGCCUUCAUGUUUACAACAUGGACAUACCGUAUACUGCCAAACAUGCAGGACCGUACCAACCCCCCCCCCCCACCUCUUGAGCGCUUAGUCCUCCACCUCUCAUCCCUGAUGCAACUGUACUCUCAAGACUCUUCUUUUUUUCCACCUCUUUCUCUUCUUCAUCAUCUUUUAAAGCGUCGGAGGACAGUCAGGUUGUGUCCUCUAGCUGUGUUUCUUCGUGUCUAGUGUCGUGGUGCGCGUGUUCAUGUCAGUACUUGUGCCUACUGUGGAUCGCAUGCUUUAGCCCUUGACUGGACACAAACGUUGCUCACAAACUCCUCUUGACCCUU